CUUUCUUCUCCUCUCCUCCAUCUUCAGACUUGAAAGGCCGCUGUGUAUUUUAGACCAGAUUGAUUGAAUUGAAGCGAAGCGAAAAUGGCAAUGGCGAGUUUUUCCAGACGAAAGGCAUCGACGCUGCUCUCAAAUCCUCUCUGCAACAAUUCCAAGUACUCUCUCUCUAUGGCCAGAGGCUUCGCUUCCUCGGGAUCUGACGAGAACGACGUCGUGGUCGUCGGCGGUGGACCCGGCGGCUACGUCGCUGCCAUCAAGGCCGCUCAGCUAGGCCUCAAGACCACCUGCAUCGAGAAGCGCGGUACUCUCGGCGGCACCUGCCUCAACGUCGGUUGUAUUCCUUCUAAGGCACUUCUUCAUUCCUCCCACAUGUAUCAUGAGGCCAAGCAUUCAUUUGCCAGCCAUGGUGUGAAGUUUCCUUCUGUUGAGGUUGAUCUACCUGCCAUGCUGGCCCAAAAAGAUAAAGCCGUGACUAAUCUAACACGAGGUAUAGAAGGCCUAUUCAAGAAAAAUAAAGUAAACUAUGUUAAAGGUCAUGGCAAGUUCAUUUCGCAUUCUGAGGUUUCCGUUGACACCCUUAAAGGCGAGAGCACUGUAGUAAAAGGCAAGAGUAUAAUAAUUGCCACUGGCUCUGAUGUUAAAAGCUUACCUGGGAUCACCAUUGAUGAGAAGAGGAUUGUAUCGUCAACUGGAGCUUUAGCUUUGUCAGAAAUUCCUAAGAAACUUGUGGUCAUUGGAGCUGGUUACAUUGGCCUUGAAAUGGGCUCUGUCUGGGGCCGUCUUGGAUCAGAGGUCACUGUUGUUGAAUUUGCACCAGACAUCGUUCCUACAAUGGAUGGUGAAAUCCGCAAGCAAUUUCAACGUAUCCUAGAGAAGCAAAAGAUGAAAUUCAUGCUAAAAACUAAGGUUGUAUCAGUUGACAAUUCUGGGGAUGGUGUGAAGUUAACUCUUGAACCAGCAGCUGGUGGUGAUCAGAGCACACUUGAGGCUGAUAUUGUUCUUGUAUCUGCUGGUAGAAUUCCAUUUACGGCUGGACUUGGGUUGGAGAAGAUAGGAGUUGAAAUUGACAAUGCUGGUCGGAUUCUGGUUAAUGAGCGAUUUGCUACAAAUGUGCCAGGGGUUUAUGCUAUUGGUGAUGUAAUUCCUGGGCCAAUGUUGGCUCAUAAGGCAGAAGAGGAUGGGGUUGCAUGUGUGGAGUUGAUUGCAGGUAAGGAAGGCCAUGUGGACUACGACAUGGUCCCUGGAGUUGUUUAUACUCACCCGGAGGUGGCAUCCGUUGGGAAGACUGAGGAGCAGGUGAAGACACUGGGGGUUGAUUACCGUGUUGGGAAGUUCCCCUUUAUGGCAAACAGCAGGGCCAAGGCAAUCGAUGAUGCUGAAGGAAUUGUCAAGAUACUAGCUGAGGAGGAGACUGACAAGAUAUUGGGUGUCCACAUCAUGGCACCAAAUGCUGGGGAGCUCAUUCAUGAGGCAGUACUGGCCUUGCACUAUGGGGCAACUAGUGAGGACAUUGCACGCACAUGCCAUGCUCAUCCAACAAUGAGUGAGGCUUUGAAGGAAGCUGCGAUGGCCACUUAUGACAAACCCAUUCACAUAUAGAAGAUGUGGCUUUGAAAUCCGAUCCUCGUACUCCUGGCGCAGACGUUCCGGGUCUCGCCCGGAUCUCAAUUGACUUGGCACAAGCCAGUGCUAAAGACACAUACAGCAUUCUUGACUCUCUUACGAGAAAAACAAAUGAUCCUAAGGUGAAAGAAAUAUACGCCACGUGCCUGGAGAAUUAUGACGAUGCCAUUAGUAACCUUGAUCAAGCCAGUAAGUUCUUGAGCUCUGGUGACUAUAAUAGCCUAAAUACUUAUGCGUCGGCCGUCUCGACUGAUGCAGAUACUUGUGAUGAAAGCUUUCAAAAACCAGCUGUUGAAACACCACAACUCAAACAAGCAAAUCAGAAGUUGGAAGAUCUUUCUAGCAUCAUUUUAGUUAUUUCCAAUCGUUUGGCAGGAAUAAUUUAGUAUGUUAUGUGACCCAUGAGAAUCAAAAUCAGUUUAUUUCUUAUGGGGAUCAAUGACUUGCAGUAAUCGAUUUUCUUUUUCGUUUAGUUAUUGGCAUGGUUUACAUCCAGUAGUCGAAUAAUUAAUAAGGUGAACUGUUGGUUGGUAAGUGGUUAGUUGGACCCAAACUGUGCACCCAUUGGAUAUACUAGAUGUCUGGAGAAUUAUAGUGAUGUCAUUAGCAACCUUGCCCAUAUUGAAAUCUGAUCAUUUGCU